AUGGUUCGCAUUUCCGCACUCUCGGCCGCUGGCCUUGCCCUCGCUGGCUACGUCUCCGCCCACCCUGGCGAGCACCACAGCCAAGACCACAUGAAGCGCAACAUCCAGCUUCGCGACAAUAUUGCCGCCAUCGGCCAGCGCUCCCUCAACACCUGCUCCAACUCGGCCGGUGCCCAGGCCAUGAAGAAGCGCGCCGUUGAGCGCCGUGCCCAGAAGGUCAAGGAGAUCCGCGCCAAGAAGGGACUUACGGCCCCUGCUCGCAAGUACCGCCGCGAUGCCGAUGCCCUCACCGCCUGGGAGGCUGUCAACCACAACAUGACUGGCUCCACCGAUGUUGGUAUGUUCUCCGCGCUUGAGGAUGUCUUCAGCGCCAACACCUCUUGCGUCUUGGCUCCUGAGGUUACCGACGGCCCCUACUACAUUGUCGGCGAGUACUUGCGCUCCAACGUCAUUGAGACCGAGUACUGCGACGGUGUUCCUCUCUUCCUCGAGGUUCAGUACGUCGAUGUCGCUACUUGCAACCCUAUCCCCGCCGUUGCCGUCGACAUCUGGAACUGCAACGCCACCGGUAUCUACUCCGGAAUCUCCACUUCCGGAAACUACGCCGCCGAUGGCCUCAACAGCACCUACCUUCGCGGUGUCCAGAUCACCGACCACGACGGUGUUGCUCAGUUCGAGACCAUCUUCCCGGGUCACUACGAAGGCCGUGCUAUCCACACUCACCUGCUCUCGCACGCCAACGCCACCGUGCUGCCCAACGGCACCAUUUCUGUCUGGGAUGCUCCCGUUAGCCACAUCGGCCAGCUCUUCUGGCCCGAGACCCUCCGCUCUGCCGUUGAGGAGCUCUACCCUUACAACACCAACGAGCAGGCUAUCACUAGCAAUGCUGAGGACAUGUGGUCCAUUCUCCAGGCCGACGCUUCUUACGACCCCUUCCCCCAGUUCGUCUACCUCAGCGACAACCUCCAGGACGGUCUCUUCGCCUGGAUCCAGAUUGGUGUUAACGCCUCUGCUGACUACACCAACGAUGAUUACUACAAUAUUGCCGGUUAUAUUGACGAGGAGGGUGGCCACUCUACCGGUUCUUCUGUUGGCCCUUCUGGCGGUGGCAACGGCACCACGGGUGGAGCUCCUCCCUCUGGCUCCGGCGCUCCCCCUUCUUAA